AACUCCUUCGUAAUUGUAGUGAUUAGGUCUUCGCAUUCACAAGCUCCUCCUCCUCCUUGUCUGUUCUCUGUCGCUGCUAGCACGCACAGAUCCGAAGGAAAUAAUUACAAGUUUCCGAUGGCGCCUCCUCCAGGACCCUAUUCCGGAACCAGCACCCUCGCUUUGGUGGCUCGUGCUUCGGCCUUCUCUAUUGGACUCGUUUACGGCAGCCUUAAACUCAAGUACCUCAAGGCAAAGGCCCAUUCUCAGAAGAAAGCUGAGGCAAAGGCUCAUCACUGAAGGGAAUAGGCAUCCAGUAACGAUGGAAUUCAGGCAUGUUUGCUGUUGGGAAUAGAAAUAAUGCAUGAUGAUGGACUGAACCAUUUUUUCAUCUUUUCUUAGAAACAUUCUGGAUUAUGACACACAGAUUAUGGCUGCUUGAGUUUUCUAUGAGCCAUUGUUAACUUAGUUAUCUGAUAUCUCUUAAUAUAGUCACCUUGGCAAUCUUCACGUCAUUUCAGUUUCUAUUGCUUUGUGAAGCCCUAGGGAAAUACUCAGAUGAUUACCAUCUUCCCUAUGUUUGAAUAAUUGUCAUUUUUUGCUCCAAAUCCCUAUUGUAUGGUUCUGGUAGCGUUCGAUA